CAGGUGGGCGGGUGUCACAACCCGCCGUCAAAGGCGCUCCAAGCGGAGGAGCGCACGACUCGACGCUGAAUGAGCCGAGGGUAGCCGCGACGCUCCGAGAGAUCCCAACCACGGACCAUCAGCCGCCGCCGCCACCACCUCCGCCACCAUGCCUCCUCUGAAGGUCUGCAUCAUCGGAUCCGGCAACUGGGGAUCUGCCAUUGCAAAAAUCAUAGGCCAAAAUACCAAAAGCUCCAACCAGUUUGACCCAAUUGUCAAGAUGUGGGUAUUUGAAGAACUAAUCAAUGGUCGAAAACUCACCGAGAUCAUUAACCAAGAACAUGAAAAUGUGAAAUAUCUCCCAGGGCAUAAAUUACCUCCAAACGUGGUUGCUGUACCAGAAGUAGUAGAAGCAGCAGAGGAAGCUGAUAUUUUAAUAUUUGUCGUACCUCAUCAGUUUAUUCCCAAAAUUUGCGAGCAACUUACUGGUCAUGUAAAAGCAGGAGCAAUUGGGAUUUCACUGAUCAAGGGUAUAGACGAAGGCCCUGAAGGCCUGAAACUCAUCAGCGACAUCAUCCGAGAGAAACUGAAGAUAGAUAUGAGUGUGCUCAUGGGUGCCAACAUUGCCAAUGAAGUGGCAAAUGAAAUGUUCUGUGAAACUACCAUCGGUUCUAAAAAUGCUAAAAAUGGGAAGAUCUUAAAAGAAUUAAUGCAAACAUCAAAUUUCAGAAUUACUGUGGUGGAUGACUGUGACACCGUGGAACUUUGUGGGGCCUUAAAGAACAUUGUGGCUGUUGGAGCUGGUUUCUGUGAUGGGCUGGGCUUUGGGGACAACACCAAGGCAGCUGUGAUUCGCCUGGGCCUGAUGGAAAUGAUUGCCUUUGCUAAAAUCUUCUGCAAGGGCACAAUCUCUAUAAAUACAUUUCUGGAAAGCUGUGGAGUUGCAGAUUUGAUUACCACAUGCUAUGGGGGACGUAACAGGAAGGUGGCCGAAGCAUUUGCACGUGGUGGAAAAACAAUUGAACAGUUGGAAAAAGAAAUGUUGAAUGGACAGAAGCUACAAGGACCUCAAACAUCAGCUGAAGUCUAUAAGAUCCUGAAACAGAAGAAUAUGCUUGACAAGUUUCCACUAUUCACAAAUAUCUACCUAAUCUGCUACCAAGGAAAAUCAAUCAAAGAGUUCAUCACUUGCCUGCAAAAGCAUCCGGAACAUAUGUAAGAUCCAAUCCUGUAACUCACCAGUAUAGUCUGUCUCGACUCAAGAUUUGUCUGCCUGACAUGGAGAAUAAAGCCAGCAAGCAAGGUGUCUGUCAACUUGACAAUGGAGAAUUAAAGCAAGCGCACAACAUGCAAAAAAAAAAAAAAAGCCCUGGUAUUAACUUCAUUGUGGUCUUAAGGGAAAUUACUCUGUAUUCCUUUUGAGUAACCAUCUGCACCAAGUGUGAAGACAAGCGCAUUUCGGCAUUGACUUC